AUGACCACCCAACACACCCCCUACGCCAUCGGGCACGCGCCCUCCCACACCAAGCACCACGAAUGGCGCACCGCCGCCAACAGCGCCCCCCACCUCCUCCCGCAUCUCCCAAAGGCCCUCUCCUCCAACCCCAACCUCAAACUCCUCGACAUCGGCUGCGGGCCCGGCACCAUCUCGGCUUCUCUGGCCCAACACCUCCUUCCCUCUGGCCACGUCCUCGCAACCGACAUCGCCGACGACGUCCUCGAGCGAGCCAAGGAGCACGCCAUCUCACAGGGCCUCUCAGUCCCACAAAACAUUUCCUUCCAGAAAGAAUCCGUUUACGAAUUAUCCUUCCCCGACAACGAGUUCGACAUUGUCCAUGCCCACCAGGUGCUCUGUCAUCUUGACGACCCCGUUGCCGCCGUCAAGGAGAUGCUCAGGGUUUGCAAACCGGGGGGACUGAUCUCUUUGCGCGAGUCGGAUAUGCACAUGUGGUGUUUUUGGCCUGAACUUCCGUCCUUACUCAAGUUUCAUGAGUUAAUGGUCAAUGUCAUGUUGGCGAAUGGUGGGCAGGAUAAGGGCGGGAGGAAGUUGGUGUCGUGGAUCAUGGAAGCUGGGGUUGACCGAAAGGAUAUCGAGGCUGGGUUUGGGACGUGGUGUUAUAGUGAGCCGGGGGACAGAAAGGCGUGGGGGGAGGCGAUGAUUGAGAGGUUGAGGACGGGGCAGAUGAGGCAGCGAGGGAUUGAGGUUGGGUUGACGACGGAGGAAGACAUAGAGGAGAUGGUCAAGGGGUGGCGGGAGUGGAUGGAGAGGGGGGAUGCGACGUUGGGGAUUGUUAAUGGGGAGGUUAUUGUCAAGAAGGCGGCCUCUUGAUUGAUAUUACCUGAUGGUAGGAAAAGGGGCCGGUCAUUCAGCAAAAGAAGCAACAUGGAAUGUAUGCAGAUUGCCGGGAACAAUGAAAAGUUAAUUCCUUUGG